AUGUCGGCAUUGUGGGGCCCUCCUCCCGAGCCUAAGACCAAGCUCGGACGCCAUCGCCAGCUUUCUCCCUUGGCAGGUGUGCAUGUCUCCCCCAUCUGCCUCGGUGCCAUGAGCAUUGGCGACAAGUGGAACGCCUUUGGCAUGGGCGAAAUGAAUAAGGAGCAGAGCUUCAAACUCCUGGACGCGUUCUAUGAGGCAGGCGGGAACUUCAUCGACACGUCGAACAACUACCAGGACGAGACGUCCGAGCAGUUCAUCGGCGAGUGGAUGGAAAAGCGCGGGAACCGCGACCAGAUGGUCAUUGCAACGAAGUAUACCACCAAUUACAAACGUGGAGCUACCGACAUUCCGCUGAAGUCGACCUAUGUUGGCAACAACAUGAAGUCGUUGCAUCUAUCUGUAGAAGCGUCGCUGAAAAAAUUGCGCACGUCGUACAUUGAUGUUCUCUACGUGCACUGGUGGGACUUCAACACAAGCGUAGAAGAGGUGAUGAACGGCUUGCAUUCCCUUGUCCAACGCGGGCUGGUUCUGUACCUUGGCGUCUCGGACACUCCAGCUUGGGUCGUCACGAAGGCGAACACGUACGCACGACUCACGGGGAAGACCCCUUUCGUAGUCUACCAAGGCGCAUGGAGCGUCCUUCAGCGCGAUUUCGAGCGCGAAAUCAUACCUAUGGCGCGUUCUGAGGGACUCGCGCUGGCCCCGUGGAAUGUGCUUGCUUCCGGCAAAAUUCGUACCGAUGCUGAGGAGCAGAAAAGGCGCGAGACGGGCGAGAAAGGACGGCAAAUAAUGAAUCGGGCCUGGGAACGUACGCCUGAAGAGCGGAAGAUGUGCCUCGCCCUGGAAGAGGUCGCUGCUGAAGUGGGAACGAAGAGCAUCACCGCAGUGGCCAUCGCGUACGUGCUGCAGAAGACGCCGUAUGUCUUCCCCAUCAUUGGUGGGCGUAAAGUCGAACACCUCAUGGCGAACAUCGAGGCGCUGAGCAUCUCGCUCACGCCCGAGCAGAUCACUCGUCUGGAGAACGUCCUUCCGUUUGACCAGGGCUUCCCGUCGAACUUCAUCGGCAACGGAGAACAAAACAACAUGAUUUUCGGGUCUGCUGGGCACUUUGACAAGUGGCCUGUCCAGCAGGCAAUCCGUCCGGGGGGGAACUAG